AUGUUCCGCAACGAGUACAACCUCGCGAUGGAGCGAGACGCGGGCGGAGUCUCGUCCGUGUCCUCCUUCCAGGUGGACGAUCUGAUGGAGAAGCUGAAGCUGCUGAACUACGAGCGGUUGCUGCUGAAGGAGAUGAAAAUGAAGCAAAUCAACCGCUACUACUUCCUGCGCUCGUUCAACCCCGGUGAGCAGUUCUUCAUGUUCACCUCGAUCUGCGCCUGGUUGAUACGCAAGAUCGGCAAAACCUUCGAUCAGCCACAGGAGUUCGACGAUCCGAACAUUGUCAUAUCGCGUAUCAUCAAGGUGCUGCAGGAAAUGGACGUUCCAACGGACUUCCAGACGAACCGUUUGAUCCAGGGAGCGGGUCCGAUCUGUGUGUACAUUAUGGAUUGCUUAGCUACGCAAGCCCUCAAACUGACUAAGUUCCAGUUGAAGCGACCCGAGUGUCGCAAAGAAGAUGACCCCAUGGUGGACCUAAUUGAGAACGACUCUGAGAUCAUCCUUGAGAAGGUGGAAGAGGAACAGAUGGCGAUCGGUAGCGAUGAGAGUGAUGACGAACGGGCUGGUCUGUUCGAUUUGAGCUUCUCAGAUCCUGCUCGAUCGAAUGCGUCCAACGCCCGGAAGGAGACACGUGAGUAUAAGGUGGAUUCGCUUUCGGAUAGCGAAACAUGGCGUUUGGAACUCGAACGAGUCCUGCCGCAGUUGAAGGUAGUGGUUAAAACGGACCCACGUGACUGGCGCGCACAUCUCGAGCAGAUGAGAACCUUACGAGGCAACAUCGAAACGGCGACCGAAGAAACUGAUAGCCAGUUGGGUAAGCUGCGCUCCGACAUCAGCUACGUGAUGGAGAAGAUCGAGAGCCGCGAGAGACACCUGAACAACGAUCUUAAGGAGCUGAUCGCACAGUACAAGCAGAUCCUGGUCGAGCACAAUCAGGUGACCGCACAAAUCCGACAGGUGGAACAAGAGAAGACAGAACACGAGCACGAACUGUCGAAGAUCACCAACGAGUUGGAGAACGUCAAGAUCCAGAUGGAGCAGCGUGGUAACUCCAUGACCGAUGGCAGUCCACUUAUCAACAUCAAGAAGGCAAUCUUUCGCAUCAAGGAGGAGCUGUGUGAGAUGGACAUUAAGAUCGGGUUGAUGGAGCACUCGCUAAAUUCGGAAAUCGUUCGACAAGGCUCGCAGUACGCCGAGUUGGACUCGCUCGUUAUGGCAGCCCAUUGA